UUCCUCCUUAAGAAUGUCUCUCAGUGUUGUGUGGUUCACUAUUCUUGUGGUGGGAGCCUUCGCCCGCCCCGAUGCUCCUCUGAAUUACCAACCGACAUUUAAUGGUCGCUCCCACGGAGCUCCAACACCAGGACCAGCAUACGGUCCCCCAACACCAGGACCAGCAUACGGUCCCCCAACACCAGGACCAGCAUACGGUCCCCCAACACCAGGACCAGCAUACGGUCCCCCAACACCAGGACCAACUUACCGACCACCAACACCUGCUCCCAUAUACGGUGUUCCUACUUCUGAGGCUCCUGCUCGGUACAACUUCACCUGGCAAGUGAAGGACGACGCCUCUGGCAACGACUACGGUCAACAGGAAACCCGUGAUGGUGCUGACACUCAGGGUUCCUACUAUGUGUUGCUUCCUGACGGUCGUCUGGAGAGGGUGAAGUACACUGUCAAUGGUGACUCCGGCUACGUGGCCCAGGUGACCUACGAAGGUCACACCACAUCCCAACCUUACUAUACAUCAGCUCCUGGCUACGAAAGUCACACCACACCCCUGAACUACUAUUCUCCAACUCCUGCCUAUGGCUAAUUCAACAGUGAUCCCAAGGAACGUACGGCUGUCACACAACACUAGUCCUUUUACUCACCCUCAAC